AUGCAUCGUGGCCAUGUACAAGAUGUCGGAGGACGCCAGGUUCAGCAUGAGACACACGGUAAAGUUGGGGAGUUGGGACUAGCCGCGCAGUUUGACCACCAGAACAGCUAUGUCACCAGGGAGGCCCAGCACACAGCACAGCCCCACGACGAUGGGGUCCAUGCUGGAGGUUUUCAGAAUCAGAAUCUAUCACUGUGGUGGACUUUCGGUGGAGGGACCAAACUGAGUGUUGGAAAUAAGAGUGGUUUAGAUGAAUGUAGCUUUAGAAAGAGCAAAAGCAGUGUCUCUAUAGUGUCAGAGGUUUUUGUACGGCCGCUGAAUGAGAUUGUAUCACUGUGGCACACUUUUGGUGGAGGCACUAGACUGGAUGUUGGAAGUGAUGUUCGUCCCACCCUGACAGUCCUGCCCCCCUCCAGUGUGGAGCUGCAGCAGGGGAAGGCCACUCUCAUGUGCCUGGCCAACAAGGGCUUCCCCUCAGACUGGAAGCUGAGCUGGAAGGUGGACGGCAGCAGCAGCAGUGGCACGUGGGAGGUGACCGGGAGCCCCGGGGUCCUGGAGAAGGACGACCACUACAGCUGGAGCAGCACCUUGACCCUCCCUGUCGACCAGUGGAAGAAGGUGGGCUCUGUGACCUGUGAGGCCACCCAGGGCUCCCAGUCUCCGCUCUCUGAGACACUGAGGAGAGACCAGUGUUCUGAUUAAUGAGCUCCCCCCUCUGACUCCACUGUUUUUACUCUGCACCUCUCCUUCUUACUGUUCCAGCAAUACCAGCACACUGAUCUAAUGCUGGGCUGGAUCCUGUGUGGGAAUCCUUCCUCCAGCUGUAGCUUUUAGCAUAGUGGAACAAAGAACAGAAUACAUGUCUGAUUCUGAUGUCAAGUAGAUCUGUUUGGCUUUCAUAUCACAUGUGUUCUGAACCUUAUUACUGUAAUGCUGUUGGUUCUGACAUGUUGAGACAAUAAAGACGUUCAAAAUGUUAAA